AAAAAAAAAAAAAAGGGAGGAGGCGGCGGAGGUGGAGGAGGGCGGCCUGCGGCCUGGCUCAGAGCUCGGACGGAGGGGACCCGGAGUCGCUGCCGUCGCCGUCGGCGCCGUUUCCGCUCCUGGUGCUGAGGAGGGCUCGGCCCUACAGGGAGGCAUCAUGAGUGAACAGCAGCUGGACUGUGCCUUGGAUUUGAUGAGGCGUCUUCCUCCCCAGCAAAUAGAGAAAAACCUCAGCGACCUGAUUGAUUUGGUUCCCAGCCUUUGUGAAGACCUCCUGUCCUCUGUGGACCAGCCUCUGAAGAUCGCUCGAGACAAAGUGGUAGGCAAGGACUACCUUCUGUGCGAUUACAACCGGGAUGGCGAUUCUUACAGGUCACCCUGGAGCAACAAAUACGACCCCCCCUUGGAAGAUGGCGCCAUGCCUUCGGCUCGCCUGCGGAAGCUCGAGGUGGAGGCCAACAACGCCUUUGACCAGUACAGAGACUUGUACGUUGACUCCUUCUCUGAUUACUUGGGUUCAGCCAGGCAAAGAUUUCUGGCCCCUCUUUGUCGAAUCCAGGAGAGGUUGCAAUUUGGCCAUCUUGGGGUAAAGACGUGUUCAUGGGGAGCAGCCGUGUGCGUCUGGAGGAGCUUGGACUGGGGAGCUUCUCCAGGUCCCGUCCUGCCUUAG